AGAUAGCGACUGGAAAAGAGCAAUUUACGGUAUACCUUUUAAAAUUGAAAGGCCAGGAUUUAAUGAAGGAAUUCCAAAUGUUAUAUCAUAUUGGCUAAACGAUGGAUGGAUCCAGAUCUAA